UAUCGCAUUAAGUAUAUUAUUCACUAUUUUUCGCAUAAUUUCUAACAAUCCAAGUAGGUAUAGGUAUGUAGUACACGACAGAGCUCUAACGCGAACCCCCGCCCCCGCGUAAUAUUUUUUGUGCUUCUUCUUCUGAUGCGGACGAGACAAGAGAAGAACAGGUGUAAUUGGUGUAUUAUCCGAUCCGGUCUUCCGAUCGAUCAAUGGCGUCGCAAACAAGUGUUGUUGGCAGCCCAGCAUAAGAAAGGGACGUCACCACAUUUUUUGAAAGCAAGACAGAGAAGACAACAGCUCUCUAAAGGAAAAAAGACGGAGUCGCCCCAAAAAACUCCAAAAAGUUCUUCAUUUGGCUUUGUUUAUACCAACUCGAGUACCUAAUACAUCGGUUGGCGUGUCGCAUUUGAGAGGCUGGAGUGGCUGGACCAUGUUCUGGGUGGGGGGAUAGCGCCAGAAUGCCCAGUCGGCUAGUGCUGAACCAGUGGUGACCACACACCGAGCACGUACCCCUUCGUGAACAUCAUGCUAGCUCCCUAGCCGAAUUCCGUACCCGUGACCUUGGGGUUCUCUUUUGCUGUCACUCCUCGUCAUCGUUUGCCGGUGAUUUGACCAACAGUCACCUCCGAGGAGUUGGUGUAGCUUCGUCAAAAGGAGCUACAGAAAAAACAUGAUAUCCAGCGGGUUUUCCCGAGACCAAGGAUUCGUCCUACUGGCAGAUGUCAUGCUUCCACCUGCUGUUGUGCUUGCGUAAGGGAAGGAAAAAACAAAUUGAUAGAUGGUUUUGAAGUGGGUAGAGCUUGGGUAUUGAGGAUUUUUCUCUCAUCGAGCAACAAUGGAGGUGACUACGGAAGAGGAGGCUCAAGCUGUUCUGCUGGAAAGCAUGGAAGGAACUCAGUACAUAACGAUACAGAGAGCUGAUGGGGAAAGUCUUGGUAAAGGUGUUCCACUUUUUACCUUGAGUGGGGAACUCCUUUCGGAAGGGAUGGUUGUUGACAUGAUCAAUGGUGUCAACCAAGACUACAACGCAGGCACUCAAUACUAUGAGACUGAUGAUUUACUGCCCCACGAACUCACAGAGGAGGAUAGAAGACUGGCAGCAGCACUUGUAGCUGUUCAAUUGCAGCAGCAACAAAAGCAACAACAGUUACACAGUCAUCCAGCCCCGGAUGACACUACGUUGGAAAGUGUUGCGCAAUUAGAAAGUUUACCUACCGUCAAUUCCUACACAAUUGAAACAUUACAAGAACCGAAUCCUCCUCCUCCGGUUUAUCCUGUUAUGCAAACUUUCAAAAGGGAAAUGCAAUCGGUUAAACAAGAGUUCAUUAAUGUUAAGUGCGAAGAUGAUGUUGAUAUUUCUGCCGAAAGCAGCGAGGAUGCAGUACCUGCUCCUGGUCCUAAAAGAUCAUUACCUCAUAAGAAAAGAAUUCCGAGAAAAUUGAAGCGGCAAAGUAAAAAAAAUUCUGUGAAAAAGGAUAGUGCUAAGGCCAAUUCAGAUGUAUCUGCAGAUUCUAAAACUCAAGGAAGUGGAUUUAAGUGCGAACUUUGUGGAAAUAAGUUCAACGGACAACUGAAAUUUUUUGAACAUCUCAAGUCGCACUACGAACCUGUUAAAGAAGAGAAGAAAUUUUUUAACAAUCCUGUGAAUAAUAAUUUAACCAUAACAAUGCCUAAAAUACCCGAGUCAAGAGUUCCAAGGGUAGAAAAUACAAUUGAAGAAUUUAGUGAACCUGAAGAUAUAAUGGAAGGAAUAAGGGAUGUUGUGGAAGAAACUGGAGCCCAAAUUGAUGAUGAUGAAGACGAUGAUAUAAAUGAAAAUUCGCUGCAAGAUUCAAGCAAUGGUCCUUCAAUUUGGACCAUGUCAUCCGAUGUAUUUCAGCAGGUUGAACAAGGGGACUCAGAAAUUUCUACUAUUAACAAAGAAGAUUUAGUUGAGAAUGAAAAGCCAAAGCCUCCAGAUCCCGUCAAGAAAAAGAAGGCCAAGCCUAAAAAACCAGUUAGUGAAUUAACUUGUCCAAACUGUGAUCGAACUUUUCAACAUAAAAAUAGUUUAGUGUAUCAUAUGCGCUCGCAUAGCGGAGAAAGACCACACCAGUGUGAAAUUUGCGGAAAACGGUUUUACGCAGCAAGUGCGUUAAAAGUUCACAAGCGACUGCACAGCGGAGACAAGCCAUACAAGUGCGAAGAUUGUGGCCGUCACUUCCGACAGUGGGGCGAUUUAAAGUACCACUCGACGAGCUUGCACUCGGAACAACGUCAAUUUCAGUGCGAGUAUUGCGGCAAGGACUUUGCGCGCAAGUACUCGCUCAUAGUGCACAGGCGCAUUCACACCGGUGAAAAGAACUAUCGUUGCGAGUACUGUAACAAAACUUUCAGGGCCAGUAGCUACCUACAAAAUCAUCGUAGGAUACACACGGGUGAAAAGCCUCAUCCCUGUGACGUGUGUGCAAAGCCCUUCCGCGUGCGAAGUGAUAUGAAGCGACACAUGCUCACGCACUCGCGCACUAAAAAUCGCACCAAGCGUCCAAAAGCCAAAGGCACAACCAAGAAUCAGACGACUGAAACCGAGAAUAGCAGCGAGGAUGAUGGAAAAACGAUCGAGCUUGUGGCCGCUGAUCAAGAUAGUUCGGAAAGCAUUUUGCCGCACGUUUCUUACUCAACUGUCAAUGAAGCGCAGGCUCAAUCAAACGACAGGGAUCCCCUUAGUACGGAAGUUGUUCGCAACGCAGAUACACUAAACUUUGAUAUGCAACUCUACACCAUUAACUUGUGAAAUUGACUGAUGAUGAAUCGUCGAAACGAACUUGAGUGCAAUUCAACUGGUUGAAAGAGUUUUUUCUUUUCUAGAGAUUGUAAUCCUUGUCUGUUUUAUGAUGGACGAAAUUAAUUUUUAUUUAAUUUCGAAAAUAAGGUUAUGUUAAACAAUAGACUAUAUAACUGAAAUAUGUAAGAUAAAUACCUACAUAAAUCGGUCAUAGGACAAAAAUAGACCAGGACAAAUUGUCGAAAAAUAAUCCAUGUCCAUGGAUAGAAAGCAGUGGUUUUAUAUAUUUUUCUCUUUUGUAUGAAUGUAUUUUCGAAAAAUCGAAAAUAUACUGUAUAAAUCCAUAGAAUAUAAGUCUGCCACGGUCAUAUUUAUGAUGAAAAUUUAGAUUGUUAUUUUACUUUUUUUGUCGCCUUGAGUACACAAGUUAAUCUUCCAUUUAUUUUUGCGCGACCAAUACCUAUGUACAUACAAACAUCCUCGGCAUAGCAUAAGAAAAAAUAAAAAAUAACUCACCAUCAAUAGUAAACAUUUUACGAUGUAAUAUAUACACAAUAGCAGCCAUAUGUAUACACAUAAUUUAUAUACGUUUAAAGUCUUGAAACAAUUUAGCGAUUUAUACACGUAACGUUGAAAAAUAUAUUUUUUUUUACA